AUGGUGGAACUAACAGAACUUACCGAGGAAACUCCUAUUCACCAAACUGCCGGUGAAACUGCUGCUGAUCCAGCCGUUGACACACUUCAACAUCUUGACGAAUCUGAUGAAGAAGAAGAUUACUCUAGCGAUGAUGAAGACUUUUAUGAAGAUGAGACCAUUUACGAAAGACUAGUCGCAUUGAAGGAUAUUAUUCCUCCUCAAAAGAGAAAGACCAUCUCUGGUUUCUAUAAUGGUACUGUCUCCACAUUCAGAAGCUUAUUCUCCAAAGGAGGAAAUCUCUUGUGGGCUGUCACUACAUCUGCAUUAUUAUUGGGUGUCCCUCUAUCUUUAUCCAUCUUAGCAGAACAACAACUAAUCGAGAUGGAAAAGAGUUUCGACUUGCAAAAGGACGCUAAUGAUAUCUUGACGGCCGGUGAAGGUACUGCUGCUCCAGUUACCCCAGCUGUUGCUGCUUAA